AUGCCUGGGUGGAUGAAUAAGCAUGGAUCCCGCUCCACUACCUCAUUGCCUCCUGAUCCCAUGGAAAUUAUCAGAAGCAAGGCAUGCUCAAGGCGAGUGAAGCUAAAUGUUGGUGGGUUGGCACAUGAAGUUUUGUGGAGAACCCUAGACAGGUUACCACGCACCAGGCUUGGGAAACUUAGAGAUUGCAACACUCAUGAAUCCCUUAUGGAAAUUUGUGAUGAUUACAACCUGGAGGAAAAUGAAUAUUUUUUUGACAGACAUCCUGGGGCAUUUACUUCUAUCUUAAACUUUUACCGAACUGGGAAAUUGCAUAUGAUGGAGGAGAUGUGUGCUUUGUCCUUCAGUCAAGAGUUGGACUAUUGGGGUAUUGAUGAAAUAUAUCUGGAAUCCUGCUGCCAGGCAAGAUACCACCAGAAAAAAGAACAAAUGAAUGAAGAACUCAAAAGAGAAGCAGAGACUUUGAGAGAAAGAGAAGGGGAAGAAUUUGAUAAUACAUGCUGUGCCGAUAAGAGAAAGAAGCUAUGGGAUCUGUUGGAGAAACCCAACUCAUCUGUAGCAGCCAAGAUUUUGGCAAUCAUCUCCAUCCUGUUUAUUGUUUUAUCUACAAUUGCCUUGUCAUUAAACACACUACCAGAACUACAAGGUAUAGAUGAAUUUGGACAAAGCACAGACAACCCACAACUUGCACAUGUGGAAGCAGUGUGUAUUGCAUGGUUUACUAUGGAAUACCUCCUCAGAUUCUUGUCAUCGCCUAAUAAGUGGAAGUUUUUUAAGGGACCACUUAAUGUUAUUGACUUGCUAGCAAUCUUACCCUACUAUGUCACCAUAUUCCUCACAGAAUCAAACAAAAGUGUACUUCAGUUUCAAAAUGUUAGAAGGGUAGUGCAAAUAUUUAGAAUUAUGAGAAUUCUCCGAAUUUUAAAGCUAGCACGACACUCAACAGGUUUGCAGUCUUUAGGAUUUACAUUGAGAAGAAGCUAUAAUGAGCUUGGGUUGCUCAUUUUAUUUUUGGCCAUGGGUAUUAUGAUUUUUUCAAGCUUAGUAUUUUUUGCAGAAAAAGAUGAGGAUGAUACAAAGUUCAAAAGCAUCCCUGCAUCUUUCUGGUGGGCUACUAUCACAAUGACUACAGUUGGGUAUGGGGAUAUCUACCCUAAAACACUUUUGGGUAAAAUAGUUGGGGGUUUAUGCUGUAUUGCUGGGGUGUUGGUGAUAGCUCUUCCAAUUCCUAUUAUUGUAAAUAACUUCUCUGAGUUCUACAAAGAGCAAAAGAGACAGGAGAAAGCCAUCAAACGUAGAGAAGCACUUGAAAGAGCAAAACGAAAUGGUAGCAUUGUCUCUAUGAAUAUGAAAGAUGCCUUUGCUCGUAGUAUAGAGCUUAUGGAUGUAGUUGUUGAAAAAACUGAAGAAGACACAGGCAGAAGGGAAAAAGUCCAGGAUAAUCACUUAUCACCUACCAAAUGGAAAUGGACUAAAAGAACUCUAUCCGAAACAAGUUCUAACAAAUCUUUUGACGGGAAAGAACAAGGAUCUCCCGAAAAGAUAAGAUCAUGUUCAAGUCCACAACACCUCAAUGUUCAACAGUUAGAGGAUAUGUACAACAAAAUGGCAAAAACACAAUCACAACCAAUACUUAUUUCAAAAGAAUCCAGUCAGUCUGGGAAACCAUCAGAGGAGCUAGAAAUGGAAACCAUUCCAGGACCUGCAAUCCCACUGUUAACCACUCACAAAGAGGGUAUUAUCGACAUGAGAAGCAUGUCUAGUAUUGACAGCUUCAUAAGCUGCACUGCAGAUUUUCCAGAUUACAGUAGGUUCUCACAUAGCCCAUUAGCAGCUCUUCCAUAUAAAACAAAUAUUAACCAAGGGCCAGCAAUUUCUCGUGAGCUUAAGAACCUUCAUGACAUGCCCUUAUCCUUAGAUGUCAGUGGUGAGAGCUUCACUGAAAUGAAUCCCAAAAAUGAUGGUAGUCGGCAUUCUACAUUCAUUUUGGAAAGUCCAAAAACUUUAGUAAAAGUCAGAAAUCCUUUGCUGUUGAGGUCUCUAAAAGUCAACUUUUUAGAAGGGGAUACUGGUACAUUAUUACCUUCAACAAAGAUAUUGAGUCCUUCUACAUAUAGAGAAGACCCUCCUAAGCAGGACAGUUCUUUUUAUUCAGAACAGUCAGUUCGGAGUCCAGAAACCUCUUUGUACACUACUGCGAGUGCUAGAACACCUUCCAAGUCUCCUGAAAAACACAUGGCAAUAGCUUUCACUUUUCAUGAUGCUAAUGUACAUAAGUAUAUAGAUGCUGACACAGACGAUGAAGGCCAGUUACUUGAUGGCCUGGAUACCAGUACAUCCAAAGAGUUUCUGGGUAACAUAAGCCCAAAAUAUAACAUAACAAACAGUGGCCAUCGAAAAUAUAGAAUGGAAAAGAAUCAUCUUGAGAGUGCUGCUCUAUCAAGUUCAUCAAAAUUCAUAGGUCAAAACUGUGUUUAUUCCACUGAAGGGAUGACUGGAAGAAGCCAGGGGAAUCUGGAAUCUGUAAAGAUGGAAAACCAUAUUUCACCAGAUGUCCACGUGCUACCAGGUGGCGGAGGUCAUUCAAAUACACAUGGACCUAGCAUCUGACAAACAUUUUGAAGGACAUGAAUGUUGUAAGGAAUGUCCAUUCAUGAGCUUCUGCAUGGCAUUACUGUGGACUGAAACAGAAAUCCUUACUCUUUAGUCAGAGAGAGGAAAAUAAGAGGGAAAAUAAACAUUGUUCCUCUUGAACAAACUUAAGGAUGUGUCCUAAACCAUGCUAGUGAUGUCAGUCACAACUUGGAUAGCAAACCUUUACUAAUAUUUGAUCUCCUUUAACGAACACCUUUCUUGAAAGCCAUUGUGACCAAAUAUGCCCCUGAUUAAG